AUGGAGACGCACUUGAAGGGGGAAGAGACUUUGAAGAGCCGGGUGAUCUCCCCGACGCCCUCCAGCCUUUGCCCCACAGAGUCUACAGCCGUAGGCUGUGCGGAGCUGCAUGAUCUAGAGGAAGAAGGAGAACAAAGACCAACGUCCAGGUGCACCGGUGAGGUCAGGAGCUGGACGCAGGUCAGUGAGCGCCUGCGAGGACUGUUCCAAGAGCUCGCUGAAGAAGACCUGGAGGACACCCACGAGGCGCCAGCGUCACCAUUUGGCAGCGUCCUGGCAUGUGGCACGCAGACUGACGCCCCAAGAUCGGUGGAGGCGGAUUUGUCAGAAGUGGAAAACGUGUCCUGGAGGGACUGGCAAGCCGUAGGCUCCCGCUUGGCGAAGGUCUUACGAAGGAUGUCACCCGAGGACUCCGAGGAAGAAGACGAGGCAGAACCAGAGCCGAUUUGA